UAGGAAUAAGUAGGAAUAACCAGAAAAUGAUGAUUGUGGUUUACUUACUGCUGAUGCUCAGAGUGGGGCGAUGCACAGAUGAUCAGAUCUUUGAGACCAGGACUGUUGGUGUGGGAGGCGAUGUGAGACUGACUUGUCCUCGCAAGUCUACGGGAAGCUUGUUUUGGAUCAGGCUCGUUUCUGGAGAAUUUCCUAAAGUCUUAGGAAAAACAUUUAGCUUUGAGAGUGAUCCUCGCAUUACCGCCACAGAGGAGCCCGGGACAUUUGUUCUGCAUAUUGCAAAAGCAAGGCUAAGUGAUACUGCAGUUUACUACUGUAUGAGAAUACAUCAACACAACUUCACAUUUUUGAAAGGAGCAGACCUGAGAGUUGAAGGACCAGAACCUGAUCCCACUGCUGUCCCUCCAUCUGAUCCAGUCGGUCCAGGAGACUCAGUGACUCUGCAGUGUUCAGUCCUCUCGGACUCUGAGAACAAGACGUGUCCAGAAGAACAAAGUGUGUUCUGUUUCAGAGCUGGAUCACAUCAUUGUGGCCCAGGUUUUAAUUAUACUCAAGGAAACAGUGUUGAAGAACAUGAAAAGAAUCCAGAGGGACUCUCGACAAAGAAAUGUAUCUACAGCUUCUUUAAGAACGUCAGCUCCUCUGAUGGCGAGACUUAUCACUGUGCUGUGGUCACAUGUGGGGAGAUAUUUUCUGGAAACGGAUCAAAACUCGAAACUGAAGCAGUCAACAUGCAGGACUCUCAGAAGGACCAUACAGUUAUCUGUCUGUUAGGUGCUGCUUUGGCUAUAAGUCUGAUUGUUAUAGCCUUUCUCAUUUAUUCAAUCAAGAAGCUCAAGAAAAAAUCUUGUGGUUGUUGCAACACUGCUGUUGGACUGCAAACAAAUGCUGCAACAGCCAGUGGUCAUCAGCAAAGUCAGCAGACAGAUGAGGACUUGGUUUAUUCUGCACCAAUCUUUACCAGUAGGAAAGCUAGCAAAGGAGGGACAAGGGAUGCAAAAACAGAGGAGGAAGAGAGUGUCUACUCUGACGUCAGGGCUCUGGGGUUGGAAUAACACUCUAAACACUAGAUUUGCUACUCAUUUCU